CGGGAGAUCAUUCAACAUUUGUGUAGAAUAUCUAUUAUGUGCCGGCUGGAUAGUAUUUAGAUUGCUUUGACAAGUGUGAUUGAUAAGACAAAAUGCUAAGUUUCACCCUACACAAUUUAGAAAAACAGGCACCUGUGUACAAAAAUAGGAUGUUUUGUAGUGUGUCGGUAUAUAACACACGGUUUUUGACAAACACGCUAGUCUUAACGAUUAUAGCUAUCAGCAUCACAGCACUUGAGAGUGAACACACAAAGUUAAAAUACAAGAAGUUCAACACAAUACUAUUGAAAUCAACAAAGUUUGAAGAACUGACUGAGACAAUGUUUGAUAACGGGAAUCAAAUAGAGAACAAUAUGCCAUUCUUUUGGUGGAGAAAAAUGAAAACACAUUUUGUUCGCCAUGAUUUGAAUGAGGAUGGAAAGUUGACUUUAUCAGAUUAUAGAAACAUUGCUAAACGUGUUAUUGAGAUCAACAACAUUACGGGCACUGAUGCUCAAAGUAUUCGUUGGAGCAUGGAUGAACUAUGGAACAAAUAUGUCUCAGGUGGACAACUUGUGGAUAUUGUUGAUUUUGAAACAUGGGUACAGAACAUUUGGGAUGUUGUAUCCACAGAAGAAGGACGGGAAAACAUUGUAGCCCCUGUGCCCCUUUUCUUCGAUGCCAUAGAUGUCGAUCAUGAUGGUAAAAUAAAUCUCCAAGACUAUCACAAUUAUUUCAAAUGCAUCGGCAUUGAACAGAAAUAUGCAACGGCAGCUUAUUAUUGCAUGGACACUCAACAACAAGGUUUCGUUGAAAAGAAGGACUUUAUCGAAGCGAUCCGAUCUUUCUUUGUGUGCACAACAGAAAAUGACCCGCACAGCUGCAUUUGGGGGCCUCUUGUGAACUCAAAUUUAUAACCGAUGGUGUUUUAUGAACUUAACCGGCACACAAGGUAAUUAUCCUGAAGACCACACUAGGGACCUGAAUAGCCAAGGCAUACAAUAGACAAACAAUAUUACAAACAUUUCAUUAACGUUUCCUCCUAUAAAAAGUUACAUUUGUUAGUAAGGGCCUCAGACAAUUUAUAACAUAUUUUUCUAGACUUGUCAAAGAAUUUAUGUUCAGGACAACCUGAUCGAAAGAUAUAAUACACUUAAAUUUGUAAAAGAAACAAACUGUAAAUGAACAGGUUUCAUUUCAAGGGUUUUAUUCACAAAAUGUUUUGUUACAUUACAAGGUGAUCUGAUGGUGUAUACAUGUUUAUAUUUGUUAAGUCAUGUUAAUGUUAAAAUAAAUAUUGUACAUAAAUUGUUUAUCAUGAAUUAUACGUUAUUUAUUACUGUGAAUAUGUUAUUUUGUUAAUUAUUUCAUUGUUUUAGAGGGGAUAGUUUUCGGAUUGUUAGCAAAAGUGAAAUAUUAUUAAUUAAAAGUUUUGGAUUGUUACUAUUGACAUUAUUUUUAUGUUCUUUUGUAAAUUAAUAUAAGUUAUUGAAAGAUCAAAUGUUAAAGGUCCCAUUUAAAGUUUAAACCACUUUGGCUUAUAUUUUAGUCUUAUUCAAUGUUAUCAAAUAUGAUAUUUGAUACUGUUUUUUUUUAAUUUCAAAAAGUGGUUUUUGAAGGGAUUUUAUUCGAAAAUCGUGAAUUUAUUCAAAACUAACUUUUAAAGGUCACAAGAACCCAGAAAUAAGAAAUAAUUCAAACCAAUGCAUAGCAUUAAGCUUCACAUGUUUUUUGUUUAUAAAACUAAGAAAUGAAUUCAUCCAUGUAUGAAAAUGGUUCUGAGAAAAAUGCAUUUUAAAAUUUAAGUUCUCAUAGGAACCAAUGGUACAGUAAUAAUUAAAACAUUAUAUCUACUCCUUUUCAACCUAGUUAUACUUAUCAACAAUUAUUUUUAAAGUUUAGCAUCCUGAUGAAAACAUAUUUUUCAAAUUUCCAUGGGGCCUUUAAAGUAGUAUCGUAUGAUAACACUCAGUAAUUGACUGUCUCUUAAAAUGAACAGUUAUUUUGCCCUUUUAAGUGAAACAAACUCUACUCUAAGAUUUACAUGUAGUACAUGGAGAUUUAUUAUUGAGAGCAAGAAUUCUUUAGAAGUUUAGACUUUGUUUUAUAUGAGUGCAUUUCUUUUGAUCUAUUAAAUAAUAUAUAUUUUUGUAAUAGAACAAUAUUAAAUAUUUAAUUCUUAUCCUAUGCAAACUCAAAAUAUUUUUAACAGUAACUUGUAUUAUCAAUAAACUCUAAAAACAUUAACUCUUGAAAAAAGUCCAUUCCUAGUAGUAACUGUUCAUUUAUAAGAGGCAGUCUACUGACUGCGUAAGUUACAUAUACAUAAGAAGUAAAAAUAUUUCAGAGUUGUUGAACUUCAAUAGUUUCAUCAUCUAAUUGAUCCAGGAUUGAUUAAUUUUAUUCAUCCUGAAAUAUUUAAACAUUGAGAUAACAAUAUUCAGAGAAGCCAUUAUAA